GCGGCCCCUCACUUUCUCAACACUUGGACAGAAGGAACUGAUACUGUGCCUGUGAUUUUGUGUGUGUACAUGUGUGUGUGUGUGUAUGUGUUUGUACUUUGGGUGUCUUCCUGAGCACUCUCCGGACUGAACUGUACACGAACAUGACUGACGGGACUUUCUAACACACUCCUCAUGCUGAAUGUUCACACCACAGGCUGAUGGAACCAGCACCUCUGUUGACCUCCUAAAGACGGACACACAGAACAGCGUUUUUCAUCCAGUAGCAGAUUCCUCUGUGGCGCUGCCGUUGUUGAACACGGCCUUGUUUCCCAUGGACCUCAGGGUGGGAGAGCGGGGGAUGCGCCCUUGCUCGGACACGGCGCUCCUCACCCCGCUGCACCCACCUUUACUCCUCGCUCCGUUCUCCCCUCCGCCCCGCACCUCCUUCUCACAGCAGCAGCUGCACCAGCACAUCCGGUUCAACAUGGAGCAGAGGAGGCGGGAGCAGGAGCACCAUGAGAAACAGGAGCUGCAGCAACUGAAAUACAAAGAAAAGAGUCAGCAGAGCGCGGUCGCAAGUUCUCUGGUGAAACAGAAACUCCAGGAGGUGAUUCUCAAGAAGCAGAAACAGGCGGCGCUCGAGAGAACGAACUCCAACACUCUGACUUCAGCUCCUGUAGCGUACAGGAAGCUGGGCCCAGACCCGAGUGUAUCCUCCCAGCCUCUUGUCACUUCUCCAACACAUCCUCCUUCUUCUGAGGGUUCAGAAGGGACGCCGCUACGCAGAGCAGCGUCUGAGCCCAAUCUAAAGGUGAGACACAAGCUGAAGAAACACCUGAACACCAGAAAGAGCCCCCUGACCCGCAAAGAGAGCGCCCCAGCUACUGUCAAACACAGAGUACCUGACACACUGGACUCGUCCCCCAGCAGCAGCAGUACUCCCGUCUCUGGCUGCAGCUCUCCUAACGACAGUCUGCCCAAUGAGAACGGUCUGCUGCCAUCUGCAGGCGGCCUCUCACAUGAGGCCCAGAAGCUGCUGCUUCGAGACGGCACUCUGACCCUGCCCACCAUCACACUGGGACUACCAGCCAACGCCAGGGCUGAAGGAGAUAUGUCCUCUCUGAAGCUCGGUCAGAUGCCGCUGGUUACAGCCGGGGGCUCGCCGGUCUUCCUCCCUCUGAGCAGAAAGGAUCAGACGGGGCAGCUGAACCCUCACCUGCCUGUCAUCAUCCUGGAGCCCUCUGGACUGGUGCACUCUCAACUGCUCUCUGUUCCAGGCUUAGACCCCGUCCAACUCCAGUUCGCCCCCCAGUUAGACCACCUGACUCCCGGAGGCGCUCAGCACCACAAGCCCCUGAGCAGAACACGCUCGGAGCCCCUCCCUCAGAGCCCCCUUCACACACAUCUCCUCCAGCAGCAGCACAACACACAACUACUAGAGAGGCUCAAACAGCAAACUCACCUGGGCAAGCUGAUGUCCAAGUCCAGCGAGAAGCCCAGACUGCAUCAGAUCCCCUCAGAGGACAUGGACUCAGAAGACGGCGGCGGGACAUCGCCAACAGAGCCAACCUAUCAGAGCAGAGCGAGGGCCGAGUCACUGAGGGAGGCGGGGCCAACAGCAUCCAAGAGCCAUGAGGAGCAAAUGAACCUGCAGCACGCACUUAUACUCAACCAGUCGUUGCUAUGGGAGCAGCAGAAGCAGCUGCAGCAGCUGCAUCGACAGAUGGAGACCCUGGCAGUGCCAAUGAUACGCGGCGGUGUCGGAAGUGGAUUGGGUGUCCAUCGUCCCCUUUCACGCACGCAGUCAUCCCCCGCAUCCACCUCGCUCACUUUGCCUGAGAAACCUUUGAGCCUGACCACGCAGGACGCCAGCAGCAAACCACGCUUCACCACCGGUCUGGUGUAUGACUCUCAGAUGCUGAAGCACCAAUGUACAUGUGGAGACAACAGCAGUCACCCAGAGCAUGCUGGGAGGAUACAGAGCAUCUGGUCAAGGCUACAGGAGAGAGGCCUGAGGGGACAGUGUGAGAGUAUCCGCGGUCGUAAAGCCACUCUGGAGGAGCUCCAGUCCGUCCACACAGAGCGCCAUGUUCUGCUCUACGGCACCAACCCGCUCAACAGACUCAAACUGGACAACCGCAAGCUGGCAGGAAUACUCUCUCAAAGGAUGUUUGUCAUGUUACCAUGUGGGGGUGUAGGGGUUGACAAUGACACCACCUGGAAUGAGUCGCAUACCUCUACAGCAUCUCGCAUGGCAGCAGGCAGCGUUGUUGAGCUGGCCUUUAGAGUGGCUAAACGAGAGCUAAAGAACGGCUUUGCUGUGGUCAGACCGCCAGGGCAUCACGCAGACCCCUCUAAUCCAAUGGGUUUUUGUUACUUCAACUCUGUGGCCAUCGCCGCCAAGCAGCUCCAGCACAAACUCAGCGUCAGCAAGGUCCUCAUCGUUGACUGGGACGUUCACCAUGGUAACGGAACCCAGGAAGUGUUCUACAGUGACCCAAGUGUUCUCUACAUCUCGCUUCAUCGCUACGACGACGGAAACUUCUUCCCUGGCAGUGGCUCUCCAGCUGAGGCCGGUUCUGGAGCAGGGGAGGGCUUCAAUGUGAACGUGGCGUGGACUGGGGGACUGGAGCCACCGAUGGGAGAUGCUGAGUACAUCGCUGCUUUCAGGUCUGUGGUGAUGCCCAUCGCUCAGGAGUUCUCUCCAGACGUGGUUCUGGUGUCUGCUGGGUUCGAUGCUGCAGAGGGAAACCCCGCUCCUCUUGGAGGGUACAAGGUCUCCGCCAAAUGUUUUGGCUUCCUGACCCGCCAGCUGAUGUCUCUGGCAGGAGGCCGUCUGGUUUUGGCUCUUGAGGGAGGUCAUGACCUCACAGCUAUCUGCGACGCAUCAGAAGCCUGUGUCAGCGCACUCUUGGGCAUACAGGAUCCACUGGCAGAAGAAGUCCUCCUCCAGAAGCCCAACGCUAACGCAGUCCGCUCGCUGCAGACCGUCAUACAGAUACAGAGUCAGUACUGGCAGAGUGUGAAGGCCUCCAGUGCAUCAGUGGGUCUGUCUCACCUGGCUGCUCAGAGGAGAGACUGUGAGGAGACGGACGCUGUCAACGCUUUGGCCUCGCUCUCUGUGGGAGUGCUUUCCAACAAGAGCCUUCCAGAUGAGCCGAUGGAGCACGACAGCGACUCCAUGUAGACGACCAAAGUGACCGAUCACCUCUCGCGUUCAGGAUUUUGGGGCCCCACCGACUUCUUGCGCUGUUAUACGACCAUAAGGGGACUUUUGUUUUUUUGUGAUGCCACUGAGCCCCACCCAUCUGCCUUAUUCACACUUCAUCCACACAUCGAAAAAAAAAACACAAUGCUGAACCUCGACGGACCCGCUGUACGACCACCUCAAUGCUGGUGAGCACUCAGCUGACGCCAGCAGCACUACCUGCAACCGGGGAACCUUCAGAAACCUCACCAAAGAGCAAUACAAGAAGACAUUUUUGAAUAGACUUUUACAUUUCUGGUGACUAACGGAGGAACUUUGUGUGUUAAGUACCAAACCUUUGAGCUACAGACAGAAUUCCAAGGAGCACUAUGUUUUUACCAGCAGCUGUUUUAAUCGCCUUAACUUUGCCUUAACGUCAAACAUCAGGUGCAGAAGGAGGACACUUUGGAUUAUAAAUUCCUUUUUCCUUUGCCACUUUGAAAUUUAAAAAUGCAGACCAAACAAGAUGCAAAAAGGCUGACGGGGAGACAGACCCUCAAACGUCAGGAGAAAGCACACACACACAAAAUAUCACAGAGAAGGCAGCAGCUUCAAAUUCCCAGGAGGCGCAGAGAUUAUCUGUUUUCAUGAUGUCAUAACUCGCAGUUUAACCACUAAAAGAAGACGACAAAGAACUCGACAAAGAAGGAACGAGAGGAACAUGAAGAUUACAAACUGGUUUUUUUUGUCGAAACAGAGAAAGAGGGCAGAUGUCCUCGUUGUUUUUUAUUGCACUGUUCAUUCCAUAAUGUGAACCAUGAGAAAUUCCAAAGCUCUGUGUGGGGGGAGGGGGAGGGGGGGGGGGAGAAACACAACUUUGUAGGUUAUUUAAUAGUUUUGGAUACGAUUGUGUUCCCCCACGCUUCAUCUGACAUGUCUUAUGAAGUCUCUGACUCAACUCAAAGGCCGACAUACUGUAGAGUUGUAUUUGAUAUGAAGUGAAUCUGUAGGCAAAAACAUUUAAAAAGCAGGAUGACUUUCCCUCUGCUGUUCUGUGUCUUAAAUACAUUUAUACUGACGCACACACACACACACACACACACAAUGAUGAACUGUGUAUCUACCACUAGUAUUGAUUACUGUAUAUUCUUGUUUAUCUUUGAGACUAAAGGAGCGCUCAUUCCGCCGCAGCACCACUUGAGGACCAUCGUAUUGUUUGAUAUGAGCAAUAAUGUUAAUGCACUUAACGACACCACCCAAAGACGAACGCCUCGAAGCAGCCCGCUCUCCCCUAAGAGCCUGUACAGAGGUGCACCACAAGGGACCGGUCGACGGGGACUCGACAUGUGAAAGACGUUUGAACCUGUGGAUUCUGAUGAACGUCACAUAUGCAGACUUUUGAGUACAAAGACCUGGGCCUGGUUUAAACGCUGUCUUUAUCAUCUAAUUAAUCCGAUCUGGAGUUUGAGGCUUCAUUGCGGUCUAAUUAAGGAAACUUGAGGCUCGUCAUGUUACAAUCAACCUGGACAACGCCAUAAUAGAAAUGGCGGUACGUCAUCUAAGCUGAAUGAUGUUUGGAGUAGAGAUGCACCAUCUUUGAUUUCUAGAGAAAUCCAAUUUAUUGAUAUUUUCCAUCUCAAAUUGGCCGGUUGCAAAACUUAUUUUCCAACCUAUUUUUGUAAAGACCCUUAAGUCUCUCUUGCAGUUUUGUAUGCCUGAAGUUAUCGGUGCAAGGAAAGGAAUCCAGCCAUCCAUUAUCUGUACCACUCUUAUCGUUUGGGGUCAAGACGGGGAUGUAGCCAGUCCCAGCUGUCAUUGGGCGAAAGUCGCCAGUCAGUAGAAAAUAAUGCUUUUCAAAAAAAAUUAAUUUACUGGGAAUAAUAC